AAUACAAAAGAAAUUAUACCAUUCUACCCAUCAUUCUUUCCCAUGUGAUCUUCAAUCCCCAAAUACACAUAACACCUUCCCAUUCAUCCCCCUGUAUCGUUUUUCUUAUUUUAGUUUUUUGGGACCUUGAAAAAAUCAUAAAGAUUGGACCUUUUCAGAUAAACAUAUGUAUUUUCAUACACACAGAAGAAAAGUAUACACAGUCACACAUACAUACAAAUAUUCUAAGAAACCAUUCACUUUUUUCGGGUUUCUAUGAAAUGGGGUGGUUGCUUUAUGAGAGAAAGAAGGAGAGAUAGAAGAUAUAUAAAGAGAAUCUGAUCUGAUGUGAGAUGGGUUUUUUCCUUCUGUAAUUGUUUCUGUUAUUCAACGGUCUUCACUUUUCCUCUCAUUGAAGGCUGUGAAAAAAAAUAAAAACCUAAUUCUUGUUCCAAGAUUUUCUUUUUCCCUUGAGAGAAAUCUGAAUGCCCUAUCUUUAAAGGGGAAAACUGUGCAUAUAUAGAAUGUAUAGAUACAGUGCAUGUAAUAUAGAUACAUGCAUGUAGGGGUGGUGAGGGAAAAUAAUGUUGGCAUUGGUGGGUGAAUAGGGAGUAGCGGCGAAUAAAAUGGAGAAUGAAUUUGAAUCAAAGCUGAGGAUUGAAAAUAAAAGUUCAGUAUCAAAUAAUAACCAAAGUCCUCAGAGAUCUAAGAGCUUUGCAUUUAGAGCACCCCAGGAAAAUUUCAGCAUCCAAGACUUUCAAUUGGGCAAAAUUUAUGGUGUUGGUUCUUACUCCAAGGUUGUCAGAGCAAAAAAGAAAGACACUGGAAAUGUCUAUGCCAUGAAGGUCAUGGAUAAAAAGUUCAUCACCAAGGAAAAUAAAACUGCUUAUGUAAAAUUGGAACGCAUUGUAUUAGAUCAGUUAGAUCAUCCGGGGGUAGUGAGAUUGUUUUUUACAUUUCAAGAUAGUUGUUCUCUUUACAUGGGACUUGAAUCUUGUGAAGGUGGAGAACUUUUCGAUCAGAUAACCAGGGUAAGUAGAAUAUGACAAUUUCGAAGCAUUUAUUUGUUUCUCUAGCAGUAUA